AUGCUAAAAGUACCAACUGUUGCCGACAAGAAAAAGUAUCCCUCUUUCUUCAGAACAAUCCCCAGUGAUGCCUUCCAGGUGCAGUCAAUGGUUCAGAUUUUGAACCAUUUUGGAUGGACCUGGGUUGGUCUUCUCUACAGUGAUGACGAUUACGGUAUCUAUGCUGCUCAAUCCUUCCAAAAGGUUGUGCAGCUGUUUGGAGGUUGUGUUGCUUAUUCUAAAAUUCUGCCCCAAAACAACCCUAGAGAAAUUAAGCAUAUAAUGGGAGUGAUCCAGGCCUCUACAGCUAGAGUAAUAGUUGCUAUUUCGACUUCAUCUUAUCUGCUGCCUUUGAUGGAUGAAGUGGUGUUGCAAAAUUUGACAGGGAGACAGUGGAUUGCAAGCGAAGCUUGGUCCAACUCACCUACAUUUCGCACUCCACGUUUCCUGCCCUUUCUGAAGGGCACAUUGAGCAUUGCCAUCAAACGUGGAGAAAUCCAAGGACUUCUUGAAUUUCUUUUACAUCUCCGUCCCAGCAAUGACACAAGAAAUAAUUUGCUGAAGAUCUUCUGGGAGAACAUAUUUGGGUGCAGUUUUGUAACAAAAACAGAUGGGGAGCAAGUAAAAAAGGUGUGCACAGGACAGGAGGAUCUGAGCAUCACAAAUACACCAUACAGUGAUGUUUCAGGGUUAAGAGGAUCCUAUAAUGUCUAUAAGGCAGUUUAUGCCCUAGCAUAUGCGCUUCAUGACCUGAUGCAGUGUGAGGAGGGAAGAGGACCAUUCAGUGAGAACAGAUGUGCUGAAAUAACAAAUCUGAAACCCUGGCAGGUAAGACCCACAGAUGUAGUGCAGAUUCUCUCCAGCUGGUCCACUACCUAA